CAUUGGCCAACACACUUCACCAUAGUUACUGCCUAUUUCAACAGAAACCAAGAGCCACUAUGGAGGGAGGCCAGCCCCGAGCUGCUGCCCCAUCUUACCUGGGAUGGUCCAUCUUUAACACUUUGUGCUGCUGCCUGCCUCUUGGGAUUGCUGCUAUUGUCUGCUCCUGCAGGGCACAAAAUGCUAAUACCAUGGGUGAGACAGCUACGGCUGAGGAGGCAUCAAGGACCGCCAAGACCCUGAACAUCAUCGGACUUGUCUGUGGAAUAAUUUUGAUCAUCAUUGUCAUCGCUAUCAAAGCCAGUGGAUGAAAAUGGGGGACUGUUUCUUUUUAACCAAAGUUAUCAGCUUUUGCUUGUAUGUAUCUAUUGGCAUCUCUGCAAAUCUUUUGUAACCAUGGACCUCCUUUCUCUACACACGGGACCACCUGAUGAGAACCAGCUGCCCAUGUGUGUAAUAAUUUUGAUCAUCAUUUCAACACUAUCAAAGCCAGUGUAUGAAAGUGGAGAACUGUUUCUUUUUCACUAAAGUUACCAGCUUUUGCUUGCGUGUAUCUUUUGAUAGUUCAGCAAAUCUUUUGUAACCAUGGACCUUCCUUUUCCUAUACCACCUGAUGAGAACCAGCUGUGCGUGCGUGCGUGUGUGUGUGUGUGUGUGUGUGUGUGUGUGUGUACACGCACAUAUGCGUGUUCACAAGCUCACAUGUAUGUGUAUGGUAGUGCCCCUCCCCUGACCAAGCCCCAAUAAACAGCCCCGAGGAAUGCACUGCAGUGCUGCACAGACCAGUUAUUGUGCAGCUGAUGCUGAAAGACCAACAUGAACAACUUCACUGAGGAGAAAACCUUUCCUAUGAAGCCAAGCAGUUUUUGUUGUUUUGUUUGCCUCUUUGUUAGUUUCACUGCAAUAAACAAAUUAAUACAAAUCUAUCAAAUGAAUGUUCUCAUUUUGUGAUCGAUGAUGAACAGUAACGAUUUAAGCAAUGUCACAAUUAAACAAAGGUCAUG